AAAGGGAGAGGUGACUGCUUGCGAUAGUAAUCCUCUCCGGAGAAUAAAACAGCUUUCAGCACAGAGUAGAAACGGCUAUAUGAACGACUGGAUGUUUCACGUGUGUUCCGUACACAUUUAACCCAAACAUUUUUAUUUUUUGCCGCUAUUAAUAGCCUACAUGGGUGAAAUGGUUACAAUGGAUGAACUUUACGAAAUGGAAUGUAACGUUUUGAAACGAUUACUGAAUGAAGACGGCGAAAAAUGCCUUGUGCUGGACUGCAGAUCCUUUUUGGCGUUCAGUGCCGGGCACAUCAGGGGCUCGGUGAAUAUCCGAUGUAACACGAUCGUUCGGAGGAGAGCGAAGGGCACCGUCAGCUUAGACCAGAUUCUGUCGGGCGAUGACGAGGUCAAAGCCCGACUCAAAUCCGGACUUUACUCUGCAGUUAUUUUGUACGACGAGAGAACGCCGCAUGCGGACACAAUAAAAGACGACAGCACAAUGACUUUGGUUCUAAAUGCACUGUAUAAAGAUUCUUUUGGGAGUGACAUCUAUCUGUUGAAAGGAGGAUAUGACAGAUUUUUCUCCGAAUACCCCGAAUUCUGCUUAAAAACCAAAAUGCUGUCAACGUCUUCGUCCAGUUUCGAUGCCUCCGAGUCCAGCUGCUUAACGUGUGGUACACCUCAUCACCACGACCAGGGGGGUCCGGUCGAGAUCCUUCCCUUCCUGUUCCUUGGCAGUGCCUAUCACGCCUCCAGAAAAGACAUGCUGGAUGCCAUGGGGAUCUCAGCCCUGCUGAACGUGUCCUCAAACUGCCCGAACCACUUCGAGGGCCUGUACCAGUACAAGUGCAUCCCUGUGGAAGACAACCACAAAGCAGACAUCAGCUCCUGGUUCGCCGAGGCCAUCGAAUACAUCGACUCGGUGCGGGACUCGAGGGGCCGCGUGCUGGUGCACUGCCAGGCGGGCAUCUCGCGUUCGGCCACCAUCUGCCUGGCGUACCUGAUGAAGAGGAAGCGGGUGCGUCUGGACGAGGCCUUCGAGUUCGUGCGCCAACGCCGCAGCAUCAUCUCGCCCAACUUCAGCUUCAUGGGGCAGCUGCUGCAGUUUGAGGCGCAGGUGCUGGCCGCCACCUGCUCGGCGGGGGCGGGGGUGGGGGCCGGCAGCCCCUCGGGCGCCCCCCGCGGGUCCCAAGGCCCCCCCGUCCCACCCUCGCCCUUCGUCUUCAGCUUCCCCGUUUCCGUGGUGACGCACGGGCAGCCCUACCUGCAGGGCCCCAUGGCCACCCUGCCCAGCUGCUGAACCCCGCCUGCCCCCCCUGCCCCGCCCCCACUGGGGAGGGCGAAAGAGCAGAGCUUCCCGAACACGAGGGGGGAGGGGGGAGGGGAGGGGGUGCCUGAGGGAAACUUGGAUGGCGGGACACUUCCGAGGAAAGGAAACAGAACAUUUGUUGUCUUUCAAGAGAAGCAGCUCGAGGGUCAAAAAACAAACAAGCGAGGAAAGCUUGUUCCCAUUACUGCCGUGGAACACAAGAUACGGCUCUCUGCAGAGAGUCCAGGCCCAACUGCAGAUUAUGAGACGAGGAAAGGACAGAUAUGGGGCUUGAAGAAUCUAAGGGGGACAGUUGGGUUCAUUUCCAACUGACAGCAACUGCGUUUAGUUCACAUAUUUCAAAGAUCCUGAAGAGUAUUCUGGGUUCUCCGGUACAUUAUAAUCAUAACAUCCCCAUCCUGGGCCAGAUGGUCCAUUUAAAUUGGACCUGGAAGCUUUAAAAAUGCCAAAGACGUGUCCUGGCUGUUGAAGUGGACAGUGCUGAGGAGCUGGGGGAGGGGUGAGAGUGUUUUUGAAGUCCCUCUGCUCUUCUUCUACCGUUGAAGCCUUCCUGACUUCCUGAAGAAAGGUGAAGUGUGCUCCUGGUGGUGUGUUCCUCUGCUACGAGCCUGGCUGACCUCCCUCAGAAACUCUCUGUUCUGCCACGUCUGUCGGUGCGCUGAAACCAACAACUGACAAAAAUGGCGCCAUUUUCCUGAGAGAGAGACUGGGGGUACAAACCCGUAUUCUGUCUGAAGGUGCCAAACAGUGUGGCAGUUGGUUGGAGGAGAGCCCAGCGUGCAAGCUUGUCUUUGAUUACUUGACUUGUUUUUGUCAGUGCCUUGUCACCCCAAAGGUACACGAACUUUCGGACGGCCGAGCUUGCCCUCAAACGGACAGAACAGGCAGGAUUCUGUCAUCAGCACAGCGUUUCGAACACUUUUUACACAUUUUUAAGUAUCAACACAAGCUGAUUUUUUUUGUACUCCGUGUUUUGGACUUCCUGAAUUUGAGCAAUAAUAUUCUCUUUGAUGUCUCCCUUAUUUUGGCCAAAACGCCAGAGAUUUCUUCUGUGGUCAAAAGUUUCUACUACUUGUCGAUAUUUGUUCCAGCCCUCCAGAGAUCAGGUCAUGUGGCCUGCUUCAUGCCUUGCUCAGAACUACCUAGAAAAUCAAAAACAAAAUUUGCUCAAAAUGUCUGAAAAUGAUGAAUGUUCUCUGUCUGUACCUCCAUCUUUGGUUUUCAGCACACCAGACACAGGUCUGCCUGCCUCCCAAAAGAAGGCAAAUUUAUGAACUUGUUGAUUUUUCUUGUGCUUCGAGUUCAAGGUUUAAAUUAGCUUUUGUUUCAUCCACAAAUCUCCAGAGGAGAUUGUGAAGACCAGCAGACAUGGGCUGGAUCCAGUUAAUCUGUGUAAAAAGUGUAGUGAGUAGAGGACAGAUCUGUACAGCCCACACACUCAAGUGCAAUGCUUCACACAGCAUACUCACUCUAGACAAUGUCGCCAGAGCCCUAGACAUGGGAAAUCAGAGUAGUGGAGUUUAAUGAUUAUGGACCCCUAUUUAUCAUUUAUCAACUUCUGCUGGUCAACUUAAAGGAAGUACAUGAAAAUGUAUAUCCUGCACACAGAAAAUAAAUAUAAUUUCUUAAUAGUGUCAGCUCAUAACAUUAGGCAAUAGCAGCAUGGGUAUUUCAAUUUCAUUUUUGUACCUAUAAGUGUGUGAUUUUGAGACACAGCUCUGUAAAAAAAAAACAAUUCUUAAUUAACACCGCGACCCAAAGCAGACUUUGGCUGCAGCAAAUGAUUCUUUGCCUUAGAACCAAGGAAGUUGAAGAUAUUUGAAGAAUGUUUUGAGCCUUUUAUAGAGCACUUUCAUGUGAUGCAAUACCAUCGUACAACUGUAUGUUGAUUUGCAGUGUACACUAUGCUGAGAAUAGACAGUUGUAGUGACUUUUAUACCCAUUUAUGAAGUGUUGUUUGUAACGAGAGUGUAUAUAUAUAUAUAUAUAUAUACUCACCGGUCACUUUAUUAGGUACACCUUGCUAGUACCGGGUUGGACCCCCUUUUGCCUAGAUCGGAGCACCCGCAGCAGGGCGAAAGCUGUCGUCCAGCCCCUGUGUGGUCCAAUUUCGGUGAGACGGGGCCCAUUGGCUCAUCAGCCUCCGGUUGUUACCUGACAGGAACGGCGUCCGGCACAGUCUUCGGCUUCUGUAGCCCAUCUUUUUCAAAAUUCGACGAGUCGUCCGUUCGGAGAUGCUCGUCUGCAUACCUCGGUUAUAGCGAGUGGUUAUCUGGCUGACUGUAGCCUUUCUGUAGUCUCGAACCAGUCUGGCCAUUCUCCUCUGUCCUCUGUCAUCAACAAGUCCUUUUCGCCCGGCGGAGAACUUCCGCUCACUCGUUUUUGUUUUUGUUUUCGCUCCAUUCGCUGAAAACCCUAGCCGUGGUUGUUCGCGAAAAUCCCAGUAGCUCAGACGUUUCGGAAAUAGUCAAACCAGCCCGUCUGGCACCAACAAUCUGCCCGCUGUCAAACGCUUUUAAAUCCCUUUUCUUCUCCAUUUUGCUCGGUUUGAAUUUCAUCAGAUCGUCUCGACCGUUGACACUAAUCACUAAUUCGCGGCACCUGGGUUGAGUUGCUGCGGUAACCACAGAGGUCAAGUCAAGUUCAUUUGUUCAGGUGUACCUAAUAAGUGAUAUAUAUGUGUGCGUGUGUGUGUGUGUGUGUGUGCGUGCGUGUGUGUGUGUGUGUGUGUGCGUGCGUGUGUGUGUGUGAAAACGUGUGUAAUUGUCAUGAAUAAUUUUUUCAAUGCAAUACUAUCUUUGUGGACUGAGAUUUGUUUUGUCCCAGCAGCAAUAUCAUUUGUAAAGAUACAAUUUGUGA